GACAGUCUGCAGGUAAGCCUUCCUGUCGGCGGUAUGUUGCCCUCUGUGCUUUGUGGAAGUCCAGGUGAUCACGAGGAGGAUUCGCCCUGGAGGCCCUGGAGGCACAUUUAUAUGCUGGCUGGGGGAAGCGGAAUCACACCCUUUCUGCGCGUUCUACGUCACCACUCCCGCCUCUCCUCUUUUGAUGAAAAAGACGGUGUCAUCCCAAAGCUGUGUCUACUUUGGUUCAACCGAACCUUGGACAACAUCGUCUUGGCGGAUGAGUUGUCCCAGCUUGUUUCUAGGCUCCAGCCAAGGUUGACCGUGCAACACAUCUUAUCAGAGGAUGGUGCAGAGGGUCCGAAGGCGCCAAACGUCAUCAGUGGACGCCUAACUGAGGAUCUGGUGAGAUCGUUCGUCAGCUCUGAACAGCACAGCCGUCAGCCCGACGCAACCCUCUGGCUGAUCUGCGGACCUCGUGGCUUCAACACUGCUGCAGUCGGAAUCCUGGAAACCCUGAGGGAACACUCCAGUAACGUGCAUGUUCUCCAGGCUUGA